AUGCCCUCGCCCCUUAUUGUGACGUUUGUGCAGGCAACCAUUUUAAAUGCCAUCUCCAACGUCCUCGCGCAGCUGAUUGACCAGCGCAAUAACAAAGCUCCAUUCACUCUAAACACAUUGGCUCUCCUCCAAUUUGUGGGAUAUGGCGUCUUAAUCGUGGCCCCAAAUUUCUACUGGCAACGCGCCCUUGAAGCGCGUUAUCCAGGGUUUCCUACGCGUACAGAAUUCUCAAAGGUGUUCAGUGCUCGAUCGUUGAAAUCUGUGUUCUCACCCCGCGCAUGGCUUUCUUUCUGUUCAAGAUCUCGCCAGGAUGAUUCGCUCCCUAGCCAUACAGAGAAAGAAAAACAUAUCCGAUGGGCACCGCAAAGGCAGACAUCCGGGCUGCGUAGCUUUUUUAUGAAAUUUCUCUUGGAUCAGACGGCUACCUCGAUUGCAAACCUUGUGUUAUUUGUGGUUGUCAUCAAUCUGCUGAAGGGAGAGAGCCUGAAAAAGUCGUGGGAAUUGGUUGUUUUGGACUUCCGGCCUCUUAUGAGUGCCCGUUUGAAGUAUCGGCCUGUUGUUUCGGUCUUGAUGUACACAGUCAUUCCUGUAGAUCGGCGAGUGGUCUUUGGAAGUGCAUGUGGGGUGAUCUGGAGCGUUUAUUUGAGUUUAUAUGCUGCGGUUUAG